GAUCUAGGCCUAUAUCUCUGCAAUUAUUUUGUGCUUCAAAUGUUGCCGCUGAAUCCCUCCUACUCCAAGCAAACUUGAGUGUUUUUAUGAGCUACAGGUCAUCACGUCCCUGAAACCAAGAUGGAUGGUCCAUUUGCAACGCUUAUCAAACGUUCAGCUGAGAAAGGCAAUUUGAUAUACCCUGGUGUGUUGUUGGCCAAUGAGUCCCUUCCAGUCGAGGAGGUGUUGUCUUUCAUCGAUGGGCAGUACAAGUUAGCUGUCACAACCCAUGAUGAACUAUGGAUCGAAUGCCUGCAGGAGCAUUUAGUCGACCGUAUGGCUCACAAUCUGCUCAUUUCAAGGUAUCCACACCUGGAUCCUUCAAAGAACGUGCUUCUCAAGGAACACUUCCCAGACUUCCUCUUCUUCGACCCAGGUAAAGUAUUGUGGGAUCCUGUGUUAAGUCGACAACAUCGUCGCUCUGCUGACCUCCUCUCUACUAGUGCAGAGUUCCGGAAAAAAGCAUCUAGAAUACGUCCUGAGCAACGGAGGCCGCCAACAAGCAGCAAGAGGGAAGAGAGUAAGGAGACUAAAGUGCUUCCAGGUUCUGCCCCUCCCCUGACACCCUCCCUUGAUAGCACCGUUAAUGUCAAGGAGUGCAAAGAUGCCAAGCCUCUGGACACACCAACUUCUACUAAAAAGCGUAAAGCUAAAAAAAGAAACUGCCCAAUUACAGGAUGUAAUGCUCGUUUUACAGGGUCUGUUAGGAAACACAUAUAUGACCACAUGCCUGUCUGUCUGCGUCCUUCAAGUGAGACAUAUACUUCCAACCGAGCUUAUUCUCAGGCAAGAUGCCUUCAUUAUUUUGCAAAGCAUAUCCUUCAAAGAGACAAUCUGCCCGAGCUGGUGUCCUGGUUAAAUGACAAGGCCGAAGGAGCUGACUAUGAGUGGAACCUGCCAGAAGAUCUUCGUUUUGAAAUGGAGAACCUGGCCCGACAUAUGGAUUGGCCAAUAAUUGAUACAAUUAAAGUUGGUCCUGCCAACCAUCCUGCCUCAUUGCUUCACUGGAGGGCUUUGGCAUUGCUAAGGAACGGUCUUCCUGAUAAUACUUUGAAAGGAUUCGAGUUGAUCUCAAGUUUAGGGAUUGAAACAAACCAGGUGAAGAAUAAUUCAGCUGGUUCCACACAGCCACAGAUGACUGCUUUGAACAAUCAAACUCAUGCAAAUACAGCAAGUUCCCAAGUAAGAGACAUUUGUGCAGCCACAACUGUCAAGGAUUUAACCACCACUACAAAGGGUUUAACCACCACAUCACCAUCAGGUUCCUUACAGAUACAGCAAUCUCAAUCUGCCAUGAUUCCAUCCCCGGCAAGGCCACCUGGUCCUUUGCAGAUCCUCCCUGCUCUAGUUGCUAAAAUGCUAACCUCUGUUGCUGCAGGCUCCUUACAGAUGCGCCCUACGCAAAUGUCCAUGUUUCCAACGCCUGCUGUUCCAUCGAGUAACUCACAGAUACAACCUACCGAAGUAGCCAAAAUGAUAUCAUCCGCCAGGCCAUCAGGUUCCUCACAUAUACACCUUGCCCAAGGAACCACAAUUCCAGUGCCUGCUAGGUCAUCAGGUUCUUUCCCGAUUCCUCCUGUACAAGUAGCCACAAUUCCAACCCUAGCUGUGCCAUCAGGUAACUUUCAGAUGCGCCCUGCCCUAGGAGCCACAAUUCCAACCCUAGCUGUGUCAUCAGGUAACUUUCAGAUGGGCCCUGCCCUAGGAGCCACAAUUCCAACCCUAGCUGUGCCAUCAGGUAACUUCCAGAUGCGCCCUGCCCUAGGAGCCACGAUUCCAAUGCCCGAUUGGCCAUCAAGUUCAUUACUGAUACCUCCUGUCCGAAUGGCCACGAUUCCAACUUCUGUUGCAUUAUCAGGUUCUGUUCCGAUAUGCCCUUCCCAACUAGCCACAAUUCCACCCCCCGUUGUGGCAUCAGGUUCCUUACCAAUACGCCCUUCCCAAGUUGACAAGAUUCCUACUCCUGUAGCGGCAUCAGGUUCCUUACAGAUACUUCCUUCCCAAGGAGCAGAGAUUCCAGUACCAACGAGCACAUUUGACUUCGCCCCACCUUCAAAGGUCCCAAAGCUUUAUGGUUCGAAAAGUUUAUUCCAAACUUCCCCAACUCAGGGUUCUGAGGUUCCAAGCCUUUCUGGGGCACCAGGUUCUUUCCAACGUCCCCAAGCCCCAACUUCAAAAGCACCAAAAUCUGCUGAGCCAUCAGAAUCCUUUCCAGCAUACACAACCUCACCUUCCAUGGCUCCAAAUUCCACAAGGGGAUCAGGUUCCGUACAGGUACAUCCAGUUUUGAUACAGCCAAGCACUGUGCCUAUUUCCAAUGCUCCAUCCCUUUCUGAGAUACCAGACUCCUUACAUAUACCAUUGGCUGCAGCGUCCAAAUUGUCAACCUCUUCUGGAACUGGGAUGUCAGGUUUGUCCCAAGUUGCCAAGAGUCCAUUUCCUGAAAAAGCAUCAGGCUCCUUCAAGACUGGUCAGCUUACACCAAUCCAGGUUGAGAUCAAAUCAGAGGCAGCAGGGGAAUCACGUUUUGUGAGGAAUAACAUAAGAGGCGUUAUGCAGGAGCCACUCCUCUCUUCUAAGACAAUACCCUCUACUGUGGAUUUAACUAAAAAUAGUUCAAAAGAUACUUCUAAUGCAGAUAUUUGUGUACCACUGAAGGCAUAUGAUAGUCAUUUUCAUUUGGACCAUUUAGAGCAAGAAACAGGAAAGCAGGGACAUGAUGCCAUAGCAGCAGUCACAGGCCGGAGACCCAGGGUCAGUAUUGAGCUAUGUGGUGGAGUUCUCAACUACAGUGAUCCUUCUUACUUCAAUCAAAUACACUUUCCAACAAAAUCAUCUUUCAGGAUAGCAGUUGGAAUUCACCCUUGCCACGCUUUUUGUGUAAGUGAAACAGACAUGAUUCAACUACGCAAUCACCUCUGUGACCUACAGGUGUGUGCUGUGAGUGAUGUUGGAUUGGAUUUCUCUUGCCCCAGAGUCCAAUGGAAUUGCCAGAAGGUGUUGCUACGUAUCAUUCUUGAGAUGGGAGUUGCAGGAAGGGUGUUGAUCCUACGGUUGCGUGCUGACGAAAUCAACCCUGCAGCAGAGAGGCCAUCCAAGGAGUGCAUGAAGAUCAUGUCAGAGUGUAAAGUGAGCCGUCACCAGCGAAUCCACCUCCACCUUUGUGACCUCAACAGUGAAGAGGUGGCUCUUUGGAAGCGGAGUUACCCAGAGUGUUAUUUUGGGUUUAGUAGCUCAUCAGAACAUUUUGGGUUGUCCCAACAAGAAGCUUUGAAACUUGUUCCACAUAAUCGUCUUCUACUUGAGUCUAAUGCUCCUUUCCUUCCAAUUGACUUAACUGCCAAGUCAAAUUCCCCUGCUUACAUUGGAGAAAUUGCUCAGGUGCUUGCAGAAUAUCAACACCGCAACCUUGAAUCUGUUCUCAGGAGCACUACUGACAACGCAAUUUGCUUGUAUGGCCCCUGGCGGCAUUAACAAUAGUUUCUGCAUUUAGAGAUACCUGCACUUCAAAAAUAUCACUCUAUUGGUGGAUCAAGGCAGGGAUCUCAAUGUAUUUUUCUCUUGGAUUUUUUUUUUUACUUCCAAAUCGACUGUAUUCAUGUUUUGUUAAACUAAUGUUUUCAGAGGAUGAUCAUUUUUUCCCCGAUCACGAUAUGGGGGCAUGAUGUAGAUAUCUCUGUUAUAAAAAGGAACAUGAAGAAAGGUUUAAAUAUCUGUUCUAAGUAAUAACUCUAUACAAUAAAUU